UCAGCGAGUUGACAGAGAGGUCGCGGAGGGGCCAGUUACCCGGGCUGUGGGUUCCGGCGUCAGCGUCCCGAGCCAGCCUGGGUGCUCUUGCAGGGCCGCCCGCAUCGGCAGCCUCGUUGCCGCCCGGAGACAGCCGUUAAGGCCUGGAGGCCAGGGCUGAGGCAGUGCGGCCAUGGACUUCUCCAAGUUCCUGGCCGAAGACUUCGACGUGAAGGAGUGGAUCAACGCGGCCUUCAGGGCUGGCCCCAAGGAGGCGGCGGCCGGGAAGGCGGACGGCCACGCGGCCACGCUGGUGAUGAAGCUGCAGCUGUUCAUCCAAGAGGUGAACCACGCCGUGGAGGAAACAAGUCACCAGGCCCUUCAGAACAUGCCCAAAGUGCUCCGUGAUGUCGAAGCCCUUAAACAGGAGGCGUCAUUCCUGAAAGAACAAAUGAUUCUUGUCAAGGAGGACAUUAAAAAAUUUGAAGAGGACACGUCUCAGUCGAUGCAGGUGUUGGUAGAAAUCGACCAGGUCAAGUCCAGAAUGCAGCUUGCCGCAGAAUCUCUUCAAGAAGCAGACAAGUGGAGCACGUUGAGUGCUGAUAUUGAGGAGACAUUUAAGACUCAAGACAUAGCCGUGAUUUCUGCUAAGCUAACAGGUAUGCAGAACAGCUUAAUGAUGCUUGUCGAUACACCAGACUACUCAGAGAAAUGUGUGCACUUGGAGGCUCUGAAGAACAGGCUGGAGGCCUUGGCCAGCCCCCAGAUUGUAGCUGCCUUCACCUCACAGUCUGUAGAUCAGUCCAAAGUGUUUGUGAAGGUUUUUACUGAAAUUGACCGGAUGCCCCAGCUUCUUGCGUAUUACUACAAGUGUCACAAGGUGCCGCUUUUAGCAGCCUGGCAAGAGCUGUGUCAGAGUGACGUACCCCUGGACCGGCAGCUUACUGGGCUCUACGACGCCUUGCUCGGUGCUUGGCACACGCAAAUCCAAUGGGCUACGCAGGUUUUCAAGAAUCCCCACGAGGUGGUGACCGUGCUGCUGAUUCAGACCCUGGGGGCCUUGGUGCCCUCUCUGCCCAUCUGCCUCAGCUCCAGUGUGGAGAGGGCGGCACCUGAGCUGGAGCUCACCAAACUGCUGGAGUUCUACGAGGCCACCGCCCACUUUGCCAAGGGGUUGGAGAUGGCACUGCUUCCCCACGCAUAUGAGCAUAACUUGGUGAAAGUCAUGGAACUGGUGGAUGCUGUGUAUGGUCCGUACAAACCCUACCAACUGAAGUAUGGCGACAUGGAAGAAAAGAACCUCCUCAUCCAGAUCAGUGCAGUGCCUUUGGAGCACGGGGAGGUCAUUGACUGUGUGCAGGAGCUGAGCCACUCAGUGAACAAGCUCUUUGGCCUGGCGUCUGCAGCUGUUGACAGAUGCGUCAGAUUCACCAACGGCCUGGGGACCUGUGGCCUGCUGACAGCCCUGAAAUCCCUCUUUACCAAGUACGUGUCUGAUUUCACCAGUACUCUCCACUCAGUACGAAAGAAGUGCAAGCUGGAGGAUGUUCCUCCCAACUCCCUUUUUCAGGAAGAUUGGACAGCUUUUCAGAACUCCGUUAGGAUAAUAGCCACCUGUGGAGAGCUCUUAAGACAAUGUGGGGACUUCGAGCAGCAGCUAGCAAACAGGAUUUUGUCCACAGCUGGGAAGUAUCUCUCGGACUCCUACAGCCCUCGGAGCCUGACGGGUUUUCAGGAUAGCAUCUUGACAGACAAGAAGAGCUCUGCCAAGAACCCAUGGCAAGAAUAUAAUUACCUCCAGAAAGAUAACCCUGCUGAAUAUGCCAGUUUAAUGGAAAUACUUUACACCCUCAAGGAAAAAGGAUCAAGUAACCACAACCUGCUGUCUGCGUCUCGGGCGGCCCUGACUCGGCUUAACCAGCAGGCCCACCAGCUGGCUUUUGAUUCGGUUUUCCUGCGCAUCAAACAGCAGCUGCUCCUCGUUUCCAAGAUGGAUAGCUGGAACACAGCCGGCAUUGGAGAAACCCUGACCGACGACUUGCCCACCUUCAGUCUCACCCCUCUCGAGUACAUCAGUAACAUCGGGCAGUAUAUCAUGUCCCUCCCCCUGAAUCUUGAGCCAUUUGUGACGCAGGAGGACUCUGCUUUAGAGCUGGCAUUGCACGCCGGAAAGCUGCCAUUUCCUCCGGAGCAAGGAGAUGAAUUGCCCGAGCUGGACAACAUGGCUGACAACUGGCUGGGCUCGAUCGCCAGAGCCACGAUGCAGACCUACUGUGACGUGAUCCUGCAGAUCCCUGAGCUGACCCCACACUCCACCAAGCAGCUGGCCACUGACAUCGACUACCUGAUCAACGUGAUGGACGCCCUGGGCCUGCAGCCGUCCCGCACCCUCCAGAACAUUGUGACGCUCUUGAAGACCAAACCUGAGGACUACAGACAGGUCAGCAAAGGCCUGCCCCGCCGCCUCACUGCCACGGUGGCUGCCAUGCGGAGCGUGGACUACUGACCCCCACGCGUCCGACGGAGAAGAUGCUCAGGGCUGGGUGCUGGGGUCAUAGCAACUCUCCGGAAUGGAUUUGCUCUAGAAAUCUGCCUGGGAUGGGGCAGUUUAUUUCAAAAAGACUUAGUUCAUUUGUAUAAUCAGAAAAAAGUUGUAAAUUAGGGGUUUAUUAUUUAUUAGAGAGGAAUUUUCAGAUGAUUUUUUAAGUAAUCUGAUCUGGAAAAUGGAAUUAAUAAAUACUGUGAAAUG